AUGGACGCGUUAGGUCGCGUGAUGCUGGACGCAAAAUUCAUAGCGACGGCGACAUGUCUCGCUCUCGCUGGAAUAUUGUAUCUCCUCUUGCGGACGGAUCCUGAGAAGGCUGUCGAUUUUUCUACGCCCGCGCCUGAGCAGUGCUCGCCCGGUUGGCGUGGGAAGGAGCUGGAUCGGCCAUCCAUCAAGGUGCCUGGCUCGACGGCUAUACAAUGCUACGCACCCGCCACUGGUCACUACUUGGGUCUUCUCAAUCCCUCGACGCCUGAUCGCAUUGACCGCACCAUCGCGAAGGCUGCUGCCGCCCAGCAACAAUGGAAGAAGUCAACCUUCGCCCAACGAAGAAGAGUGUUGAAGACUCUACUGAAGUUCAUUCUGGACAACCAAGAAGAAAUCAUUCGGGCCGCAUGCCUGGAUAGCGGGAAAACGCGUACGGACGCCCUCUUUGGCGAAGUCCUUGUGACGGUGGAGAAGCUCAAAUGGACCCUCGACCACGGCGAGAACGCUCUCCUUCCAGAUCGACGACCAACCAACCUGCUCAUGUUCUACAAGCGCAACGAAGUCCGCUAUGAGCCGCUUGGUGUGGUCGCCGCCUGUGUGAGCUGGAAUUACCCGUUUCACAAUCUACUCGGCCCAAUAAUCAGCGCCAUCUUCGCAGGGAACGCUAUCGUCGUCAAGAACAGCGAACAAACAGCUUGGUCGUCCACGUACUUCGUUACGAUCGUUCGAGACGCCCUCACCGCCUGCUCCUUCGAUCCGAACAUCGUCCACGCCUUCUCCUGUUGGCCUCAAACUGCCGACUAUUUCACGUCGCAUCCCGGUAUCAGCCAUCUCACAUUCAUUGGCAGUCGACCUGUCGCGCAUGAGGUCGCGAAAAGCGCGUCGAAAUCUUUGACCCACUUGUGCGUCGAACUCGGGGGCAAGGAUGCUGCGAUCGUUCUUGAUGAGCCCGGUGGACGCGUCAUGUCGAGAGGAGAGAUGGAACGUAUUGCAAGCAUCAUCAUGAGAGGAGUUUUUCAAUCGGGAGGUCAGAACUGUGUAGGCAUCGAAAGAGUUGUCGCGAUGCCUGAGACAUAUGAUACUCUCAUCAAAAUGCUAGAGCCACGCAUCAAGGCGCUACGGCUGGGGGAUGACCUAGACCCCGAAAACGCUGGCGAAGGAUCUGCCAUCGACGUCGGCGCUUUGAUAUCACCCGCGUCGUUCGACCGCCUCGAACGCUUGAUUGCGGAGGCAACAGCACAGGGCGCUCGGUUACUCGUGGGAGGACACCGCUACAGCCAUCAACGUUACCCACUUGGCCAUUACUUUACGCCCACUCUUCUUGUGGACGUAUCCCCUCGAAUGAGAAUCGCGCAAGAAGAACUUUUCGCGCCAGUAUGUGUCAUGAUGCGUGCCAACGAUCUGGACGACAUUGUCAACAUCACGAACGGCACGGCCUACGGACUCGGAUGCAGUGUAUUUGGUCCUACUUCAUCUUCGCUUUCGAAUGCGAACCUUCAACACGUGACGAAUAGUGUAAAAUCAGGAAUGGUGGCGGUGAAUGACUUUGCAGCAUACUAUGUCGUCCAAUUACCUUUUGGAGGUGUUGCUGGGUCUGGCUAUGGGCGUUUCGCCGGGCGCGAGGGCCUACGAAACCUAUGCAAUGCCAAGUCAAUCUGUUCCGAUAAAUGGCCGUCACUAAUCAAGACGGCUAUCCCGGCUAAAUUGGAUUACCCAAUGCGGUCAAAUGCGUGGCAUGUGGCACGGGGUGUUGUUGAAGUGGGAUAUGGGGAGAGCCUUUCUCGGCGAGUGGAAGGCCUGCGCAAGCUGGUGGGAUUCUGA